AUGUCUAAUUAACAUACUUAAUCAUACAACUCCUCCAUCAUAUAUACACCAAUCCCAUUGAAGCUAUCAUUUAGUGCUUCUCGUUCCAGUUGGUAAAGUUCAAAUUCUAACAUCCUUGAAGAAAGUACUUCACAGUAAGAAUCUUCAUUAACAAAUUCCCGAAGUUCAAGAAAAAUUUUGUAUUUUGUAAUGAAUAAACACGUAUAGACUUACAAAAUUUGAAUAAGAAAAUUAAGAAAGACCUGAAAACCCUAUGACAAGAGAUGAGAAAUUUAAAGAACUUUAAACCCUAUUCUUACAUUUUGAUCCUGAAUCAUUUAUUACAGAGGUUGAACUAUUCGAUUGAA